UUUGUUGUACGACAUGGUGGGUCUAUCUCCAACACCUCCUUUAGACGAUAUUUAUAUGAAAUCGAAAAGUUGUGCUGCAAAAAUUCUGAUAUUUUGGUGGUUUGUUUUUAAAUUUUCCUCUAUUUAACCCACAAAGUGAUUGCACUGUAGCGUUACAAUAUUUAGGUCUGUCUAGGGCGUGCGCACUGAUGAAUCUAUAGAUCGAAAAGGCGCUUAAGUCAGGGGCGCACCCGUUAGUUGUUUAGUACAGCAUCCGACCCUGUGGCCAGCACACUGCACAGGUCGCUAUCGAUUUGCGCCCAAGACCGCCGACCGAAUGUCGAGCGUCCAUUAUUUGCUGAUAUUUCUUUUGGGCAGCUGCUUAUGCAAUCCAGAUGCAAAGCGGCUGUACGACGAUUUACUAAGCAACUACAACCGACUUAUUAGGCCAGUGAGCAAUAACACUGAUACUGUUUUGGUCAAACUAGGCCUAAGAUUGUCUCAGCUCAUCGAGUUGAAUCUUAAAGAUCAGAUUUUGACUACAAAUGUUUGGUUAGAACAUGAGUGGGAAGAUCAUAAAUUUCAAUGGGAACCUUUGGAAUAUGGAGGUGUUCAAGAACUAUAUGUGCCAUCUGAACAUAUUUGGAUACCAGAUAUAGUACUUUACAACAAUGCUGAUGGCGAAUAUGUGAUCACUACUAUGACAAAAGCUGUACUUCAUCACUCUGGUAGGGUCAUGUGGACGCCUCCUGCGAUUUUCAAGUCAUCGUGUGAAAUUGAUGUACGAUAUUUUCCUUUCGAUCAACAAACGUGUUUUAUGAAGUUUGGAUCGUGGACGUACGAUGGCAAUCAGAUAAAUUUGCAACAUAUAAGUCAAAUGCAAGGAUCUAAUAAAGUAGAUUUAGGAAUUGAUCUCAAGGCCUACUAUCCCAGCGUAGAAUGGGAUAUUCUUAGUGUACCAGCUGAGAGGCAUGAAAGAUAUUAUCCAUGUUGUGUUGAACCAUAUGUUGAUAUAUUUUUUAACAUAACGUUAAGACGUAGAACAUUAUUUUACACAGUCAAUUUAAUUGUACCUUGUGUUGGUAUAUCUUAUUUAUCAGUUCUUGUAUUCUAUUUACCUGCUGAUUCUAAAGAGAAGAUAUCUCUGUGCAUUACUAUACUCUUAUCACAAACUAUGUUUUUUUUGCUAAUUUCUGAAAUUAUUCCAUCAACUUCUUUGGCAUUACCACUACUUGGGAAAUAUCUUUUAUUCACCAUGUUGUUAGUUGCCUUGUGUGUGGUUGUUACUAUAAUCAUCAUUAAUAUUCAUUAUAGACAACCAAGUACCCAUAAAAUUCCAUCGUGGAUGCGUACAGUUUUUAUUAGAGCUCUUCCAAAAUUACUUCUAAUGAGAGUACCAGAACAAUUGCUUGUAGAUUCAGCUCUUAAACAAAAACAAAUGAAAACUUGUAAAAAGUUAAAUCUUAAUUUGGCUAGAUUAAACGCGGCUAGUGUUGGGGCUACUUUGAACGUACCACCAGUUCCAAUCCCUUCACCUCCAAUAGGUCGACGAUCACCUACAGACUCUUUACGUAGGUUCAUGGCUACAACUGGUCGCACAGGGUGCAACGGAACUGCAGCCGCGGGUGCUGCUAGUAGGUUAGUUAAUGCAGCAGUGUCUUCAAUAGAUGAUACAUUUAACGAUAUUCCAACCGCAAUUAGAAAAAAAUAUCCAUUUGAGUUAGAAAAAGCAAUACACAACGUUAAGUUUAUUCAACAUCAUUUACAGCGUCAAGAUGAGUACAACACGGAAGAUCAAGACUGGGGAUUUGUAGCCAUGGUACUAGAUCGAUUAUUUUUGUGGAUAUUUACAGUAGCUUCCAUAAUGGGUACUGUUAUGAUAUUAUGUGAAGCUCCAUCACUUUACGAUAACACAAAACCAAUAGAUAGGGAAAUUUCGUUUAUUGCCAAAAAACAAUUCUUCCCAACCUCUGAUUAGUGUCUGCUUUUAAAUUGCAGACUAUUAUGAUUUUUAAGUGAAAAAUGUUGGAAUACUUUUGGAAAUCACAUAAAAACUAAACACUCCGUUUCAAACUUAAAGUACCUAAUAAAAUAAAUCGUAUUAGAAACGACAUUUAUUUUUGGUUAUUUUCAUAUAUUAGGUAUUUAAUGACAUUUGACGGAAACCAUUUUUAUAUAUUGAAGUCACCUCUGUUUUUAUUUAAUGGCUAAGUAGUUGAUUAACUAAUAUUUAUUACCGAGAAAACGGAUUUACCAAUAAACAAUUGACUCUUUUGUAUUAAUAACGAUUUAAUUAAAUUUAUUAUUACUGCCAUUGACUUAGAUUAAAGGUUUAUUUAUUUUUAGAUAAAAUAAAAUUGUUCAGGCAAAUUUCCUAAAAAGAAAAAAUUAGUUAAGUAGUUACACAAUAUUACAAAAUUAUCAUUUGAAUUUAUACAUAUACUAUUAUUGUUUUAUUGUUCUAUUAUUGGAAAAAUAACAUUUAAAAUUUGAUAUUAUUAUUCAAUUAUAGUUUUUUAAUAUACCUGUUAUUUAAAAAUUUUUACUGAAAAAUAAAAACCCUUUGUAUAAAAAAAGUUUCAUAGUUAAAUAAUGUUUACAAGUAAAUGUAUUAACAUCGGGUUUACAGCUAAAUGGGUUUCAAUAAACAGAGUAAUCACAACUCACUUAAUUACUUACAAAAUAAAAAUAAUUUCGGAAAUAUUAUUUUUUAUUAAAAAUGUACAUUAAUUCAAAAAUUGAGAACUAUAUUUAACUAAAAAAGUAAAAAAAAAUUCCCAAAUUAUUUUUAUUUUAUAAAUGAUAGAGUUAAAUAAACGGACCACUUGGAAUACUUAUUGUAUUUCUGGGCAAUGUAACUGGUUAAGACGUUUCACAACGUUGUUAUAAAUAUAAAGUAAUUAUUUUUUCUCGGGGUAUAUUUACAUUUUUCAUACAACAAAAAGCAUUGGAUAAUUUUAGAUAAUUUAGAGAAUAAAAGAUAUAUUUGUUAUAUUGUUCUUAAAAAAAAAAUGUAUUAGUAGGUAAAAAUAUAUUAACAUGCAAAAUGACUUUUUAAUCUCCUUAUAAUCAGUUUGGGUUGACACGUGAGUAUUACAUAAAUUACUUCCAACAAAGGUUUUUAAAAGUAUCUUUAAUUUACAUCAAUAACUUAUUUAACAAUUAUUGAAAAUUCAUAGAUCUUUGUUUAUUAUUUUAAUGAAUUAAUUUUUAUAUUCGUUCAACAUUAUUAAUUAAUAAUAAUAAUUAUAAUAUUUGUGUUUUUUUAAUUAUUUAUAAUCCAACUAUGAUAAUUAUGUUAAUAACUCAUUAUAAAUCAACUGUGUUGAAAUUUUAUUUCCUAAAUUAUGGCGAAUUCAAAUAAAACAUUUUGUGAGUGCGUAUUUCACUUAAACAUUGUUUUUACAAUUUUAACAUUUUUCAUUAACUUAAAUGUUGUUAACCAUUAAAAAUAUUUAUUUGUCAUUAUUAUUAUCAUUAUACCAAUAUAGUAAUAUCAAAAUUACUGAGCUAUUACUUUUAAUAUCUGAAACAAUGGAAUAUUAUUUUUUAUAGUUUAUUUUUAAUGUUAUGCAUGCGGACAAUCUAUAUUGUUUGAUUGUUGUUUAUGUUUUAUACAGUGGAAUACUUUUAAGCAUGUACAUCAGCGUGUAUAUAAUACAUAGAAUUAAAUCACUUCUAAAAUGAGUCUAUUAUACGAUUUGCAAAAACUUAGCUUAAUUAAUGACUAUAAAAUCAAUUUGUAUAAAACUAGUUAAUCACAUAUUAAGGUCAGUUACGGCCCGAGUAAAUAUUCGAUCAAUGCCAGUCAAACAAACCUACUUAUCAUAAAAAUUGCUUUAUAAUAGCACUUCUGUAACCACACACCAAAUUAUAUUUACGCAAACCACAAUUAUGUAAAUACAUCAAGAUCGUUGAACGCUUAACUUCAUUUAUUUUCGCAUUGUUAAAUAACGCUUUUAAUUUUACAUUUUAGCAGUAUUAUCAAAAAUCAAUCAUAGAUAAAAUGUAAUUCCAAUAUAAAUUCAUUUGUUCUUAUGAUACAUACAGGUAUUUAAAAAAAAUUUGUUUUUAAAUGUUUAAUUUAAAAAUUAUUCUAAAGAAAAAUAAAUCUCGAGAUAUUUGACAACAGCAAUUUAAUAUAAUUUUUGUUAUACUACUAAAAUAGGUUUUAUAAAUUAUACUUUAAUGUACAUAUACUUAAUAGAUUUACUUUGUUAUGUAUAAAAUGUAUUGAACAUAAGGAUAAGUUAUGUACAAAAUAAUUUUUGUUGUUA